AUGGAUUGGCAAGGGCGAAAGCUUAUGAGUGCUCCUGGGCCGACGCCUUAUCGGCAGCCAAUGAUGGCGAAUCAUCAACGAAUGCCACAGCAAGUUCCGCAACAAAGCUUCGGAAACGACCUUGGUUUGAGAAUAAACGACCUUGACCAGCGAGUAAUCCUCACUGAACACGCUAAUCGCGCUGCUCUAGACGAGGUUUACGCGCUCAGGGACAGCAUAAGAAAAGAAAUUUCCGGCUCAGGAGAUUUGUCAAAGCAAGUCAGGACGAAUGUAGAUUGCAUUGCGGGAAUCAAUGUUCGCAUGCGAGGAGUAGAAGAAAGGACAGAUGACCUGAUAAGAAGAGCUGAUGAGUUUCAAGAGUUGGAUAAACUGAAUGGAAAAUGGAACACUCUAAAUGGACGACUUGAUGAUUUUGGAACCAAACUGAGGAAAAUAGACCAAAUCGAAGAAAAAUUCAAUUCAGAUGUUAAAAUGAUCAGGGCAAGAACUGUAACAUUGGCGGAGGACAUCGAAAACAUUGUGGCAAACCAAGAUGCCAUUCAACCAAAUGCACCACAAGAAAGCCACAAACAGGAGGACCACUCGGAACCGGUGGUCGAAGAAAGGCCAAGACAAUUACGCUCAAAAUCGAUGAUUCUUGAACAGCAAAUGCUCGCAGAAUCCCUCGGAGAAUUGAAAGACAACGUCCACGUGAUCGAAAACCAACUGGAAGAAAAACAAACGGAUUUGAACAUUUUCAAGGACCAGCAAAAUCGACUCAAGGAAAAUUUACAAGAAAAGAUUCGAAGUUUGGAGGAAAAAUUGACCGAAAGAAUUGAAAAUAUUCUCUCGCAGCCGCCAAAAAUGUCGAGAACUGUGAGCUUGGGACCCGACACGGGAGACAUCAAGAAGAUAAAAACGGAUAUUGGAGCUUUGGAGGAGAAACUGGAGCAUUUUAAGAACUCGAUGAAGCCGCUCGUUAACGAAUUCCGAACAGGAAAUCUGAUGAGCCCAGCAAUGACCGCACUUCAUGACCAAUUAAUUCAAGUCAAGGGCGAGACCGACAAUUUGCGCAAAAUGUCAGACAGCAAUCGACAAAAAGCAGAUGCUCAAUCGCAUGAAGUCAAAAUUCGUUUGAGGACGCUUCAAGAUGAACUUGAACGAACUCAGAGCAGAAUUGACGCAAGAAACUCGAUCGAGGAUGGAGAUGACAUCGAUGUAAUCAUCACUGUUGAUGGAAAAAAAUCCAGCACAGAAUCGACUCGUCAAAAGAUGAUUAACCAAAAGCUUGAGAGUCUCUCGGACUUGGAAAAGAAGCAAGAACGAUUCGAAAUUCUAGUGCUGAAAAAGCUCGACGAGCUGCAACGAUCUGGCAAGCCUACUACCGGAUCUCUACCGAUUCAGCAGCGAGAGGAGAAGAUCAAACAGCGAGAAUACAAGGGAGAAAUUGAAGAAAUGUCGAACGAGCUUUCGAAAAUUUGGAAAAUUCUCGGCGACUUUAGAAUCGAGCUCAAACGAAAAGAGCUGAUCCACGAGGAUCCAUCAAAUAUUGGUGCUCUUGCUUCCGCGAUAAAUGAACAAAUGAAGAGUGGGAAGAAGGGAAUGGGUGGAAUGAAACGAACGCAAUCUACCGACUUCGACUUUACCGUCGACUUGAGCCAAAGAAUCGAAAUUGUGGAAAAGCAAAUUCAAAAACUCGGCACUGGUAAAAUCUGGAAAGCGGUUGAGGCGAUGGAGGAUGAUCAAAAUGACAUCGAUAAGCGACUGGCUCUGGUAGAAAGAAAACUCAUCGAGGUAGAAGACCAGUCCGACGUGAGGAGCACUUUUUCCGCGAGCUCAAAAAAGUCUGAAAAGCGAACCAAAAAGCUCAAGGAGGAAGUCGAAUCAUUAAAGCACAAAACCAUCAUCCUCGAAAACAUGCUCACAGACCUCAAACACGCGAAUGAAAACCUCGAAGACUCGAUCAAAAAGGCAAAAUCAGCAGCAACGAAGAACGAACUCAAGCGUCUCGCGACCGAGGUGAAUGAGAUCAAAACAAAAGUGAUGGAACCGCUGACGGUGAAGUGCUCUAAGAUGCUUGUGGAAAUGGCGAGAAAAGACGACCUCAAAUCGAUCAAGAGCCAAAUUAAAACGAUGGCGGAAAGCGUCGAGAAAAUAUCUGAAAGAGAAUCGGUCAAUAUUGACGGUCAACUAGCAAAGAUUGAUUCUUCGAUCCGAAAAGAACUGGCUAAGUGCUUGACUCAAUCAGAUCUUGAGGAAGUAAUUGAUAUAGCUACUUCUGCCCGAAAGUCUUCUGCAAAUGUUCGCCAAGAACUCAACAACUUCACGAAACGAACCAAAACGCGUUUUGAAGAUUUCACCCAAAAGAUCGACGAAAUUCAAGUAAAGACAAAUGAAGAACUUGGAAACUUUUUCAAGAAAAACACCAAUCUCGGUUUGAUCAAAUCAAUCGACGAAGUGCGCCAAUACUCAAGCGAUCUUGCGGAAAAAAUUGAAAUCAUAGAAGAGGCACUCGACGAAUUGACGAGCAAGAACGAUGGGGAUCUCCCUAACAUUUCAAGGACCAGUUCCAAGCUUUCUCGCCUCUCGCAUUCUGACUCGAGGACGGCUUUGAACGAUGUCGCACCGUUUUUGGAAGAUUUGGAAGGGCUGAAAUCUCAAUUUGCGGAUCUAAAAGACAGCAUUUCAAAAACAUAUGUCUCCAACGUUUCUUUCUCCGAGAAAGUGAGGAACUUUGACGAAGCCAUUGCGACUGUAGAUGAGCUCAAACAGAUACGAGAUAUCUUCGAGGCGCAAUCCGCUUCAGUUCGAUCAAACAAAGAUAGCGUCAGCAAAGCGUUGAAGGAUGUUGAAAAUUUGACAAAAACCGUUCAAGUCUUGAACGAUUUUGAAAAAGUCUUCGAAAAGGGGGUCGAAGAAAAGUUCAGUCGGGUGUUUGAUCGACUCUGUACGAUCGAAGACACUACUGUGAAAAAAUCCGUUCACGAUGAUGUCCAAGAAAUGAUGGACAUUCAAAGAACCGUUUCCCAGACGAGUCAGAUUAACGAAGAUUCGGUGAGGUUGAUGAUCAAGGAUUACGUCGACUUGGAGAUUGAAAACAUACGAAACAGUCUCAAAGAAGUCAAAGAAGAGGUCAAAUCGCAGCAUAAUUUCCGCUCAUCAAAGCAGGAAGAAGGAGAGUCGUUUGAUAUCAAUCAUGAUCUGAUAGAAGCGAUCGAAGGAGGAAUGAGAGAGUACAUCAAUGGCAAACUGGAUCUUUAUGUCACCGUAGCGGAGCUAGAAACUGCUGUUGACGCGAGAAUCGAGCGCGGUGGUCCUCCAUCUGUCUUGACUCACAAUUACGAAAGCAGUGAUCAGACCGGCGCCCCGUCUAGAGAUCAAAUCGUUAACGCUGUCGAGGAGUGCGUCAACAAGCAAACCGACCAGCUUGUUUCACUCUUUGUUACGAAAGACAAGCUGCUCGAUUUGCAAAGAAAAUUAGAUGAGUUAGAUCUUCAAAGAAAGAGAGAAACGGUAUCUGAGAGUUCAACGAGUUUGCGCUCUCCAAGCACUGCGUCAACAAUCACCUCUUAUGAGAUUAGCGAAAAGUUGGACAGCAACAUCAGGGAUCACAUCAAAUCCCAAAUGAAGCAUUACAUAACCACGUCGGAUAUGCAUGGGCUUAUUCAUGAGGUUCAACGACUUACAGAAUCGCACAAGAUGUUGACCGACUUCAAAUACGACAUCCAACGACAAUUGAAACUAGACGAAAAGAAAAUAUCCCAACUGGAAAAUGCUCUUCUCGACAAAUCGGAACAGCGUCUUUUAUCUUCUUCAGCAACAGCUCUAGAUCCGAGCAUCUCGCUGAAAAUUUCCAAGCUUUCGGAAAAAAUUGACGACAUAGAAGACUCACUCAAGAACCAAGCCCUCCUAAAGCCGAGAGAUGACACUCUUUCGGAUGAUUUCCAAGACUUGAAAUUGGAAUUCUUGCGGCUGAAAAAACACGAUAUUUUUGAAAAGAUCAAUUCUUUCGUAACCAUUAAUGAUAUCCGUGGACUUGUGGUUGAGCUGUCAACGAUUUCGAAAGAUUUUAAUGAGAUGAAAGAGAGUAUGAAAACAUCCGAAAAUGCGACGGGGUCUGUCAAUGUUCUCGAUGACACGGAUAUUUUAGACGACGUGGAAAACAUGAUCAACAGCAAGAUCGAAGAAAUCUGGCCUAUCGUUGAUGAGAUCGUGGUCAAAUCUAUUCUCGAGUACAAGCCCUUUGAGAAAUAUUCUGACGACAGUAUGCGAAUCGUUGCUCACGAAGAAGUUCAAAAAUUCGAGCCAGUGUUGGAGUCGAUUGUUGAAUCUAUUGAGAGUUCUCGUCUUCAAUCGCCUGUUCCUGACGAAGCUCCUCAGCGAUUAAAUUUAUCAGAUGAAGAUCUUCUUGAGCUCACAUCAAAAACGAUCGUGUCGCAGGCACUUUUCAACGGGCAGCAACAAAUCCGCCGCGAAGAUUUCGAAGAAAACAUGAACGCAGAACUGGCCCAAGUUCAGAGCGAACUUGCGCUCAUCCGUCAUCAGCUGGGCCAAGGUCAACCUGAUGUGGUACCGCGGCCGGAUAACGAGGCCUUGAAAGGGCUAUCAGAUCGCCUCCAAUCCGUCGAAACACGUAUGACGGCCCUCGAUGCGCUGUCUCAACGUGUUCACGAUUUGGAAUCAGAGCCGGUUCUCUCGGACCGUCACGGUUUCAUCCAGAAUCAAACGAACCCGUUUUCCGACUCGCCCGAGUCCGUUCAGAAUCAAGCUCCGGGGUUGGGGGCUAACGAUACGAUGGAAAGGAAAAUAAUCGCUUUGGAAAGACGUCUUGAUGAUGUUAAAAUGCCAAAUAUAGAACAAUGCCUCACGGAAUUGAAGUCAUAUUUCGAAUCAGAGCUCCAGAAAGUGGAAACAACAACGACCUCCCUUAUUACUGAAUUCCGCGCUUUUUCUCCACCAAUUUCACCAGAACAGUCUGACAAGUCGCUGAAUAACCAACUCCCUCAAGAGCAGCAGCAGCAGCCGCAAGAUGCUCAUAGAAUAAAAGGAAUCAUCGAUGAGUUCGAGCUCAAUCAGUUCGAGUUCCAAAACUCGAUUAUCAAGAAGAUCGCCGACGUGUCUGACGACUUGAAUCAGAAGAUAGACAAGGUGAAAGCACUCACGGAGCUUUCCAAAUCAUUGACCGAGGCGGAGAAUAAGAACUUUACUCCGGAGCAAUUCAGCGUCCGCAACAUGGUCUACCAGACUGAAAGAUCGCUCAAGGGCGAAAUCAGCCAAAAAGUAAGCGUCCUCGGAAAGACCGUGCAAUCGGACAACUUCGCGAUCCGAGAAUUGAUCAGAGAAGAGCGCAAAAAGCAUGUUCGCGACAUGAACGACCUUGAAAAACGACAGGCAGAAGUCAAAAAGGAAUUCUUGGAGCUCAUGUCGAAAGUCAACAAGGACAAGAGUAGCACAGUAAAAGCUACUGAAAAGUGCGAGAAGAAGAUCAAGGGAUUCUCGUCGGAACUGAAGCAGACUAUCAAAGCAACAAGGGCGAGUCUUGAUGAAGUUGUUGAAGCCUUCCGGGAUGAGCUUGGGCAAAAUAAGAUCGAGCUCAAGAAUUCCCUAAAAGAUACGAUCGAGCAAAGUCUUCAAGGAAAAAUCGCCAUAGACAGAUUAUUUGCUCGGCAAUGCAAAGUUGAGACCAAUUUUGACCGAUUCUCAAGAGAAGUGAAAGCGACGAUCAAGUUUUUCACGGAUCAACUCGAAGAAUCCGAAUAA